GGAGAAGCAGGGAAGGAGGACUUAACUAGAAUGUGUUAAUUUGUAUCUGGAGUUGCGAUGUCUGAGGGGAGGGCUGGAUUAGAAAGCGGUGGUCCGUAGAGAGAGACGCAGGGAGUCGGAUUUCACAUUUGGAUGGCCCCUUGAGUCUCGACGCACUGAAGCUGCCUUUGUUUGACUGGGAACCAGAGAGAGAGAGGAGGAGGAGAGUUAGAGGCUUUUAGUUUGGAGUGAGAGUGAGUGAGAGAGCGAGCGCCAGAGCGGUUUCCAUCCCUCUAAUAUCACUACCACAUAUGAACAGGGGAGUUUGAGUGUGGACCUAAGUUCACCAUCCAUGAAGAUGACUUCACGCAUUCCUCCCUGGUUCUUUGGAUUAUUUCUACUCACCCUCUGCUGCUCCUCUGCCUAUCAGCUGCUGGACGACCCUGGUUCUCAGGGAGCCUUUGACCUGACGGAGCUGAUCGGCGUACCCCUCCCUCCCUCCGUCUCCUUUGUCACGGGCUUCGAGGGCUACCCUGCCUACAGCUUCGGCCCGGACGCCAACGUGGGCCGACUCACCAAGUCCUUCAUCCCCGACCCUUUCUAUCACGACUUCGCCAUCACUGUCACGGCGAAGCCCACCACGCGGCGCGGCGGCACGCUGUUCGCCAUCACCGACGCCUACCAGAAAAUUGUACAGUUGGGUGUAGCGUUGUCCGAAGUGGAGGAUGGCUCCCAGAGAAUCAUAUUGUACUACACCGACUCAGAAAUGAGAGGCGGCACUCAGGAAGCGGCGUCCUUCAAAAUGGGAGACAUGACAGGAAGGUGGGCGAGGUUUACGCUGACUGUACAGGGAGCAGAGGUGCGUCUCUACAUGGACUGUGAGGAAUACCACAGAGUGGCCUUCUCCAGGAGUGCUCGGCCUCUGACCUUCCAGACCAGCUCAGGCAUCUUUGUGGGGAACGCUGGGGGUACAGGCCUAGCGCGGUUUGUGGGCUCCAUCCAGCAGCUAGUGCUGAAAUCAGAUCCCACGGCCCCGGCUGACCAGUGUGAGGAGGACGAUCCUUAUGCUUCUGGGUACGGCAGCGGAGACGAUGCUUACGAAGACGCCGAAGGCAUGAACGAAGUGAAGAAGAUUGUGGAGGAAAAAGAGUUUGCCCCGCCUCACCCAGAUCUGGACCCCACUUACAGCGCCCCUGUUCAAGCCCCGCCCACUGAGGUGUCAUUUGUAGAUGAUGAAGAUGAAGGUAUUGAGGAAAUUUCUGGACAUGAUGUGGAGAUGACCACAGUAAAAGUUAAAUCGUUUCAGCCAACUACUCCAGCCUCCACCACUCAUACAUCCCUGCAGGCGUCUCCGGGACAGAAGGGCGAGCGAGGGGAACCAGGUCCAGCCGGUCCACCAGGUCCCCCUGGUCCUUCGGGAGGAGCUUCGGGAGAAGGGGCGAGUGGGGAGCCCGGACCACGAGGUCCACAAGGACCACAAGGACCUGCAGGCCCAACCGGACUCCCAGGAAAGGAUGGACAGCCUGGAAGCAAAGGUGAAACUGGUUUGCCAGGGCCCUCUGGAUUCCCUGGACAACCAGGAGACCCUGGUCCGAAGGGAGAAAAGGGUGAUACCGGUGUUGGACUACCUGGCCCUCCUGGACCUCCCGGACCUCCAGGUCAACUUAGCAAGUCUUCUAUAUUUCUGGAGGGGUCUGGAUUUGAAGACUUCGACAGUGAUGCGGAGAUUAUCCGGGGUCCCCCAGGGCCUCCAGGCCCCCCAGGACAGCCUGGGCCCCCAGGUACCCCAACUGGGGACCUCUUACCUGGACCACCUGGGGCUCCUGGGAAAGAUGGAAAGCAUGGCGUACCUGGACUCUCCGGACUUGAUGGGAAGGAUGGCGACCCAGGGCCUGCUGGAGAGAAAGGAGACAAGGGAGAGCCUGGUUUGAGUGGGCACCCAGGACCAAAGGGAGAUCAGGGACCGCCAGGGUUCCCAGGCACUCCAGGAUCAGAGGGUCCAGAAGGACAGCCUGGCCCAAGGGGUCCACCUGGUCUUCCUGGUCCCCCGGGGCCUCCAGGAAGAGGCUUCACCCUGGACUUUGAGGACCUGGAAGGAUCUGGGAUCCAGACUCGUUUGGGAGCUGCACAGACCAAAGGUUCACAGGGCCUCCCAGGAAACCCCGGACCUCUAGGACCUAAGGGAAAAGAUGGUGCCCCAGGAAAUCCAGGUCCAAAGGGGGAGCCAGGUGUUACAGGACCUCCAGGCCUUCCAGGUGUAGAGGGAUUUACAGGGCCAGAGGGACCAAAGGGAGACAAAGGUGACCCAGGACAAAAGGGAGAAGCUGGGCGGGAUGGACUGAGCAGACCUGGCCCUCCAGGACCGCCUGGACCUCCAGGACCCAUUAUCAAUCUUCAGGAUCUUCUUCUCAAUGAUACAGAUGGUGCCUUCAACUUCUCAGGGAUAUUUGAAGCUCAGGGACCUGCUGGUCCACAAGGUCCAAAGGGUGACCUUGGGUUGCCUGGUCUUCAAGGACCAGCAGGACUAAAAGGUGAAAAGGGUGAGCCAGGGUUUCUUGUUGCGGCGGAUGGAUCCAUGAUGUCAGGCAUUGCCGGACCCAAGGGGGAUAAGGGAGAUAACGGCGUAGUUGGGCCCCCUGGAAUUCAAGGGCCAAUGGGACCAACAGGACCUAAAGGAGAAUUUGGUUUCCCUGGACGCCCAGGUCGUCCAGGGAUGAUGGGACACAAAGGAGAUAAAGGGGACCCACAAGGCCUGCCAGGACCUCCAGGCCCUCCUGGACCACCAGGCCGCCCAGGAAUGUUCAACUGCCCCAAAGGGACCGUGUUCCCCAUCCCUCCCAGACCCCACUGUAAAAUGGCUCUUUUUCCAAAUGGAACCAUUGCAGCUGGCAACUGUCAGAUGGGAACUAAAGGAGAAAAGGGAGAGAGGGGUCUUCCUGGGAUGCCAGCUCCUUCAAGCCCAUUUCUUCCUGGACGAGGCUGGGGUUCAGGGGGUGACCAGGGUAUGAAGGGGGAGAAGGGGGACAAAGGUGAGCCAGGGUUUCAGGGGCCACCAGGAAUCCCCGGAAGACCAGGACUGGUGGGACCCAAGGGAGAAUCAGUGCUCGGGCCCCCAGGUCCCCCUGGAGCGCCAGGCUCUCCUGGAAUCCCAGGCUACGGCAGACCUGGUGCAGUUGGCCCACCAGGGCCUCCAGGUCCCCCUGGGCCAUCUUCAAGAUACGGAUCGGCUCUGACCAUCACUGGACCACCCGGGCCUCCAGGACCACCUGGACCUCCUGGUCCUUCAAGUAACGGAGCAUCUCUGAAAACGUUUUCAACUCGUGAGAGUAUGAUGCAGAACACCGCCAGAGAUGCCGAGGGGACGCUAGCUUUGGUGACGACGACAGGAAGUCUCUUCCUCAAGGUUUCCCAGGGAUGGAAAGAAAUACAGCUUGGCAGUCUGAUCUACCUCUCUAAUAACGUUAUUCCACAAGAUGAGCCUCGAGUUGCAUAUCACGUAAGAGGAGACACGAUGGAAAGAAUACCUUCAGUUAAAGAGAGGCUCAACCUGGUGGCUUUGAACCAGCCCCACUCGGGGGACAUGAUGGGGCUGGACACGGCUGACCGGAUGUGUUACGAGCAGGCCAAGGCCAUGGGUUUGCCUCCCAACUAUCGCGCCUUCAUUUCAACCCACAUGCAGGACCUGGUCCAUGUCGUUUAUCCCGGUUUCCGGGAGACUCUGCCAGUCACCAACCUCAGGGGAGACGUGAUGUUCAGGAACUGGCGGUCAAUCUUCAGUGGCAAUGGGGGACCAAUCAAUGCUAGGAUACCCAUCUACUCCUUUGAUGGCCGGGAUGUUUUAGCUGACCCCUUCUGGCCUCAGAAGAGCAUCUGGCACGGUUCUAGCAGCAGGGGUCUCCGAGUGGUGGACAAACACUGCGAGACGUGGCGAGCGGACCACAUGUCCGUCAUGGGCCAGUCGUCGAGCCUGACCUCAGGUCUGCUCCUGGGCCAGCAGACGAGAAGCUGUUCCAACGAGUACAUCGUCCUCUGCAUCGAGACCCACAAAAUCCAUUAAAGCCCUCCCAUACCACUCCACCAAGGAACGCGUCCCAGCCACCGGAAAUGUUAAAAAUCUGUGGGAAAACAUUUGAGUGUCUGUCGUAGAGAAGGCCGUCUUUUUCAGCACAUCUUUGGUGCUACGUGUAGCAUUUUGCUGUCUUUAAAACCGGGGAUCACAUUAACACCUUUGUUGCUUUAUUCUGAGAACAGAGUGUUACUGCUGUCGCUCUCUUCUCUCAUCCAGUGUCGCUCUGUUUACGAGGAGCGAGGAGGUUUAGAGGAAGUAUCAAACCCUUAACAGCAGCCUGAAGUAUCUUCUGGGAAGGUAGGCUAAUGAGCUAAUGUGAAUUCGAUGCUACGCUCUGGAUCUGGAAUCAUUUUGUGGAUUGCUUACAGAGCGGGUAAAAUUAGUUCCCUCGUGGCACAUACUGUAAUCUACAAUGCAACUCAGAGGCCGACAGCAGACAGUAUUCAUAACAGUGACGCUAACAUCUCAAAAGCUGCACGGUGAUGAUUUAUUCAUGUUUAAAAUGAUACACGCAGCACCUUAACUGCUGUUCCAGAAAAGUCAGUUCAAUUGCAACAAUACACUUUGGUGUCACUUUAUAAGAACCGUGGCUUUUCCCUGCAGUCAUUCAGAUGUGCUGAGGAUAACGCAUCUCUUUGUCUUUUUUUUUUUUUAUUUUCAAAAGACCAAAAGACGAGACUGAAGACGGCUGCAGAAUCUGCGCCCGUCCUGAAGCAUAGCAGCCCAAAGACUUUUGUGGUAGAAGCGUAAAAGUUUAUUUUGUUUACAGGUUGUCAUGAAAUUUUUUAAGCAACUUUUUUAUGAAUUUCAGGAAAAAAUGUUUAAGAAUGUUCCACAACUUACAUAGUCAAUCAUCCAACAAAGGGAUGACCAGACAACCAGUAUUUCCACCAAAGUCAUUUUUGAUGCACUGUACUUCAUUUUUUUUUUUUCUAGCUCAACAUCUUCAUUUGUGGAAGUGUUAUUUGUGUUGUAGCUUUUCAUACAUCUUGGUGAUCUCAUUUCUUAGCAGCUCUUUCUCUUAGAAGGCUAUUUAAUUUAAAUCCAUUGAAUUAUUUAUACUGUCACAGCACAUAACAUGAAAUCAGAUGAUUAAAUUUAAGAAUGUAAUUUAUCUGUUUAUUUGUUUGUCAAAUGCCUGUUUCUGUUUCUUCUCACUUUUUGCCUGUUUCCUAUUUUUUUUUUUUUUUUUUGGACAUUGUCCCUCUGUCUUUCGACUAAGUUCAAAUAUUUCUAAAGAAUGUAGACCUGAGUCUUAAGUAUAUUCCACCCAGUGUGAAGAUGCCAUAGAAACAAGCAACACAGUUUUAUAUCGGACUACGAGAAAAAGUCCAGGGGCAAAAGUGAGAGCACAUGUUUUGUAUAAAUAUUGGUGCUUUGUUGAAUAAAAAAUUCUCUUUUCAUAA